CCUCGCUCUUCCUUGAGUUCCCGUUGUGUAGACGCGAUGAUAGAUGACUGCAGCACUGCAGAUGAAAGCUUUGUGGAGUUGCAGGCCAUUUUGGCAGGUCUUCCCAUGCACGCGAUACCGCAUGGGGACCGCAGUUGUGGUCCAGAAGUAUUCUUGUCGUGCCGAGGGCCACGAAAGUCUCAGAUUGAUGAAGGGACCUGCAAGCGCCGAGUCGAGGCCAUUCUUUCUAAAGCCGCUCGGGAAUAUCCGGGUCAUGAGCAUGUGCUCCGGCAAUUGGAAGUGGAAUUCGCCAGUUUAGAUCUGGUAUGCUUUGUAGAUCACCGACGACGACGGCUGUUUGCAGCUGUACGUGGAACAGAUCUAUCCAUGAACCGUUGGACCACCCACGAGGACAUGAGAAGCAACAUGCACCUCAUAUUGGGAUACAAUCCACCCAGAGCAGAACGCGCCUUAAAAGAAUAUCUUGCCGUUCGCAGCCGCUUUGGAAGAUAUGUUUCCUUUGCUUGUGGCCACUCAUUGGGUGGUGCUGUGGUCUUGUUUGUGGCGAGGGAGUGUGAAGAAAAUCCAGACACCGCUUUUCAGCGUGUUGACGUCUUCAACACUGCCACGUCUCCAUUGGCAACGCCUUUGGUUCCGUUUACCACGUCCACUCAUUUUCACCGCGUGAAAGGGGACUGGGCAUCCCUGGCCCUGGAGCAAGUUGAACUUAGCCAUGGCCAGGUCCAUUUGCACAGCCCAAAGGAGUCAGUUCCAGACAAGCACGUGCUUCUUCAUUUCUUGCCCAAAAAGGUGGACAAUGCGGAUGAUCAGUCGUGCUGUUUGAGCGAAAGCGUCGACAACCGUGACUGCCUGUCCUCAACAUCCAUCUCUCCACCUGCGACCUGCCAGGAGGAUGGAUCUGCCAUUCAAAAAGUGUCAAAACCUGCGUGGUGGGCAUUGCUUGGAAGCUGUGCCCUGUGGCCCAAGGGAAGGAAUGCUUGGAGAUGCACGUGGGAGUCCAAAGAAAAUCCAUGCAGCAGCGGAGAAGCCCUGACAUUGCAACUGGCGAAGCCCACGGCCUGAGCAGUGCAAAGCUUCCCAUGAGACUUCGCAGGCCAUAGUUUGACUCUCCGUUCCAGUCCUAACCUUCCGGUCUUAUGCUUGGGUAUAC